CAAUAACCCGCGAUAAGACCCCCUCCCCAUGCAUCAAACAGCGGUCUCGAUUUUCCCGAGCUCUUUCUCUCCGUUCUAUUUCAAGCUCAUCAAGGAGAUCAUUAAACCACCAGCCCAUUCCUAGUAACACGCUCUUGACAUGGAUCCUGCCAAGAACAUGAUGGCUGUCAGCCAUACGCUCAAUACCCUCGUAUAUCAAUACGAGCGCACUCAUCCAGGAUCAAAGGAGGUCCACGACAGAGCCAAGAAGGUUUUACCGGCGGGCAGCACUCGAUCCGUUCUUGUCUCUGAGCCAUUCCCAUUCGUGAUCAAAUCCGCAGCAGGCGCCUAUGUCACUACGAUCGACGGCAUCACGUUUGAGGACUUUGUCUCCGACUUUUCGGCAGGGAUAUACGGACACUCUCACCCGGUGAUUCAUGAUGCUGUUCAAAAAGCCUUGGCAACGGGUUUCAGUCUUGGGGGAAUUACGCAGAAAGAAGCUGAGUUGGCGGAAAUCUUGACGACGAGAAUUCCGUCUUUCGAGAAAGUUCGCUUUUGCAACUCUGGCACGGAAGCGAAUAUGUUUGCGCUUGCAACGGCAGUGGCGUAUACACAGCGAAAGAAGAUCGUUGUCUUUGACAACGGAUAUCACGGGGGAACCCUCAGCUUCAGCACUACACGAAAUGUAAUGAAUCUACCCCAUGAAUUCAUCAUUGCAAAAUACAAUAGCAUUGAAGAGACGCAACCCCUCUUGAGCAACGAGAUCGCGGCCAUCCUAGUCGAACCACUACAAGCCGCAGGCGGAAUGCGGCUCGCAACCCCCGAGUUCCUGCAAUUCCUCCGCGAAUCAGCAACCAAGAUAGGAGCAGUACUAAUCUUCGACGAGGUAGUCACGUCCCGGCUACACUACCAUGGUAUCCAGGGCGCCUGGAAUAUAAAGCCCGAUAUGACUACCGUGGGAAAGUACCUCGGAGGAGGAUUCCCCUUUGGCGCCUUUGGUGGUUCCUCGAAGAUCAUGGAUCGGUUUGAUUCGGCCGAUAAGAGUGUUGCUAUUCAUCAUUCCGGGACGUUCAACAAUAAUAUCUUCACGAUGACUGCGGCAGUCGCUGCGUCGGAAUUGAUUACCCCCGCUGAGCUGGAGCGGUUGAAUCGGCUUGGUGAUAGGUUUCGUGGUCAGGGUAAUAUCCUGAUUCGGAAAGCUGGAUUUGACGAUAUGUCGUUCAGUGGAUAUGGCAGUGCAAUUGGCGUUCAUUUCACUGGCAGUGAAGCUGGUUCGUUGCUUGAUUGCUUCUACUUUACGUUGCUGAAUCGUGGAAUCGCCAUUGGAAGGCGCGGGUUUGUAUCUUUGAAUCUUAUGCAUACCGAGGCUUCGAUUGAUCGACUCCUCGAGGCUGUGAGCUGUUUCUUGGAGGACUUUGGUGGGGCGUCUCAUAUCAAAUCCAGACUUUAGAGGAACGGCAAGGCGUGGAAAUGGUACGCAAUUCAACAUCACAUUAGGACUCCAGCCGAGGCAGGAUGUAAAAACCAUGGGAAUAUACAAGAUACAUCAUAUUUUGAAGUGCCAUUGAAUGCUAGAUCUGGCAUUGUAGAGGAGAAAGGACCGGACGAGUCCAACGAUGUGAGCAUUCACCAUGGCAUCGUUGACCGGGUAUUUGACAGUAAAUGCAGUGGUUACAGAAUCCGCCCGCAUAACAGAAAAGAAAGGCAAGUGUCUCAUCUUCCCAUCGGCCAUGAUAAUUCACGCACUGGGUAUUCCCCGCUGUGGCCUUUUUCUCAUGUCCCACUCGGCUGCUUUGUAUAUAUGAUUAUGCACGUCUGAGCUCCAGAACACCCGAUCUCUCGAGCGCAUAAGAGUCAAUUACGACCCCACAUACCAGACCUCGACACCGAGAACUUCAAACUUCUCCCCUUCAUCGGAAAGAGGUUCGUUGCCAAAGGUCUGGCAAUGGGAGCUAACUCCCUUCUCAAGGCCAGAGUCCAUCCAAAGACCGUACCGUCCAUACCCUCCACCAAGACUCAAAAAUCCAGUCUCACAAAACAUCAUGUAAUCAUUCACUCCACUAUACGGGAACGCCUUGAAACGAAUACGCUCCGGCGUACUCGCCCCACUCCGCGACGGGGUAUCAAUAGACGAAGGCGACGGAGGAGCCAGCGCACCGCCACUAGCCGCAGCUAGAUUAGUCUUGAUAUUCAUAUUCAAAUUAUGAGCCGGCGACGACUCAGUCUUCGCCUUGGACCGCGGGUCACUGCGGAAAGUACUCCAACGUCCAGCGUGGGUAGUAUCUGCCGAAGGCGGGGGCGGUAGACCAGCUCGUUCCAGCGCUUCCUCAGAUUGCGGGCCGUCGCCGGUGAAUGCAAGACCCAGGCUUGCGGGAGGUGGUAGCACGCUCGCGCGCCAGAGGAAGCACUCGCCCGUGCCGAAGAAUUGGGAAUCGGGGUGUGGGGCAUCGGUCAUGUAGGCGCCGAAGACGGCGCCGGAGGGCGACGAGUCGCGAAUGACAAGGACGUAGCCCGCCCGCGGGCUGCGGUGAGAGAAUUGCUGGCAGUGAUCGUAGAGGGUGUGGAGGGAGGCGCCGUCGCGAUCGAGGCUGUAGGCGAGACGCCAGGUCUCGACGAGUUGGAGGCGGGCUGGGACGAGGAGGCGGAUUUCCUCGGCGAGGGCGCGCGUCAGGAGUUGCUGUUGGAGGAGGUCUGCGCCUCGAGGUAUUGCGAGGGUGAGGGGGGUGAGUGGUGGAGGUUGGAAGGGUGAGGCUGUUCGGCGCGGCGUGAAUACUUCGGACGAGGAUAAGGAUGUUGACCAGGUCAUAGCGGUUGUAGGGACGCUAGGGUCUGUCAGGCGUCGAUAGAGACCCGAAACGACGUGGCUGACUGGGUAGGAGAAGUAUUGACUGUAGGAGGAGGCGCCUGAGUUUUGCUGGGGUGUGUGAGAGCCGGAUCGUGAGGUAGAAGAGGAGCUAGAAGUUGUGGUGAUGGAGGAGGGAGUGUCGGAGGGGAGAUGUCCUUGUGAUGAGGACGACAUGUAGGCAAUUAGGAUUAAUGGUUGGAGGACACACUGUAUGAGGAUCGGCGAGGCACGCGAUGGAGC